CGGGCGGCGCACCGCGAGCCCUCAUUGGCGGAGGCGGCUGCCGGCCGCGGCCCGAGAGGCAGCGGGGUGGGCGCCCCAGCCGCGCCGAGGGACAGCCGCAUCGUAUGGUGCGACGGUGCCUCGGUCCCGGUGGCGGGACGGAGUUGGCGGGAAGGGUGACGCCGCCGCCCGCCGCGCUGUCCGUUCCGCCUUAGGGCGGCGGGCCGCGCUUCGGCGUCGUAGCGCAGGGACUGACCCCGCGCCAGGCGCUGCGACUGCCGGCACAUGGCGCGCUGCGGUAGCGGCGCCGCGCCGAAGGGCCCCGGCCCGGGGACGGCGGAGCGGCAGCGGCUGAAAGAGGCGCUGGCCGAGCAGCUGCGGCAGGACCUGAGCAGGUUGCUGGCGGAGGGGACGCGCUCCGACGUGACGAUCCGCGUGGGCGACGCGGCGCUGCGGGCUCACCGCGCGGUGCUCCUGGCGCGGGCGCCGCGGCUGUUCGGCGGCCUGGGCGGGGGGCGGCCGCCCCGCGAGGCGCUGCGACUGCACGGACCGGCGCCCGCCGAGCUCCGGCGCUUCCUGCGGCUCGUAUAUUCAUCUGAUAAAAAUCUUCAAGAAUCUGAGGAACUGGCUAUGAUGAAAAAGGUUCUGGAGCCCAAAUUAAUACAAGAAAACAACAAUGCUGCUCUUCAGAAUGCUCCAACAGAUGUAAGUUGUCUUGGAGAUGACAAAAGUGCAGCAGCUGAUCAGAAUGCUCUAAGCAGAGCUGUUCAGAAAGAAACUGCUGCUUCACCUAGCAGUGAAGGGGAAAUUCCCGAAAUCAUUGAUGCAAAAAGUAACAAAGCCAUGGCAGGUAAUUCCAAGCUAGAAACAGCAUCUGCAUUAGGAGAAGACUUAUUGAGGCUCUACAAGAAAUGUUGCUGUCCAGAUAUUAAUAUUUGCAUAGAAGGCAAAGAUUUUCAAGCUCACAGGGCCAUUUUAUGUGCCAGAUCUAGUUACUUUGCUGCUAUGCUGAGUGGAAGUUGGGCUGAAAGCUCCCAAGAGCACAUCACUCUUCAAGGCUUAAGCCAUACAGAAAUGAAUGUCAUCUUGCAUUUUAUAUAUGGAGCUAUUCUGGACUUCCCAGAUGAAGUUGAUGUUGGUCGCAUGUUGGGCAUUGCAGAUAUGUAUGGGCUAGAUGGGUUGAAAGAAGUAGCUAUCUACAUUUUGAAGAGAGAUUACUGCAAUUUUUUCCAAAAGCCUGUUCCUGGAAAACAGCAACCUGUACUAGAAUGCAUGGCUAUUGCUCAUUCACUGGGAGUGGAACACCUAUAUGCUGCCUGCAUGAAAUGGGUAGGAAAACAUUUUGCAAAAUGUUUGUCAGAAAGAAGUUUUGCCAGUCUACCUACUGAACUGCAGAACAACUGUCUUGUUAUGUUGAUUAAGUCUUUGAACCACAAGAAUGUUGCUUCAAUUCUGAUGGAAAGUGACCGGCUGAUCAAUAGUCUUCCCCAAGUGAAGUGGACUGAGAGAGCUGUGGCCGUGGCAUCUAGGCUACAAGAAGAAUGCUUAACUUUUAUUGUGGCAAACUUUCUACAUGUAGUGCAAAGUGAAGGCUUCUAUAUUCUGUUGCAGGCACAGGCAAUGAGCAGCAAACCCGACCUCCUAGAACUAAUUUUUAAUGCAAUUGAGGAAAAUACAAAUAAUGACAAUAGCUGCUUUCUUCUUGUAGCUGUGGAUACGUUGUUGGACUCUGCAGACGUGAAUGAGUUGGGUUUUACGUGCAAGAUCCAGGCUCUGCGUGAUAAGCUCUGGGUCUUCCUGGUUCAGUCUUUUUAUGCUGUUCGUCACACAGAAGGCUGGAAGCUGAUGAGGCCAGACCAUCAACAGAAAAUACAAGCAGCUGCAUUUGACAAGGGUGAUGACAGAAGACUUGGCAAAAAACCCGUAUUCACUAGUUCUCAGCUAAAUAAAUCCAUCACUGAAUUUGCUGGUAAAAGGAAUACUUCUUGGACAGAACACAGCAAGAAAGAUUGCUGGGGAGAUUCUCCCACUAAUCAGGAUAAAAUGAAAUCUGAUGGAUUAGGAGCAUCUGGACAUGCAUCAAGCACCAAUAGAAAUGCUACUAAUAAGACUUCAAAGCAUGAGGAUGUAAAGGGAAAAGAUGGCAAAAAAACAGUUUCCAAGCUUAAUAAAGAUUUAAAACCUGGGGAAAAGGCUGCUUCACCAAAGGCUAGAGCUGUUAUAAAAACAAAAAUAGAAAAUAAUGGAAAUGCGAAGGCUGAAAGCAUGCUAGCCAAGCAAGAUGCUGAAAAGACAUCCAGUUCAAGUGGACAAAAAAAUUCAGGAAGUGUCAAAGGAUUAAAGAACCAUGAAGGAAAAACAGCAGGUGCCAGACCUAAAGUGCUGACAGUAACCUCAAGUGUGCCCAGCAAAACAAAGCCAUUAAAAAAAAACACUGGGAAGGAAUCUCCAUCCACCGCAACUGCAGCAGGAACAUCCAGCAAGUUAACAAACUCCAGCACGGAUAUCCAGGCUGCCAGUGAACAGACAGAAGAAUCCAAAGAGGAAAAAUUGGCAGAAGAAGGAAAAAAACAUACUGUGAUAACGAAGUCUUCUUUGAAGACAUCAAAUGGAGUUGCCAACAAAAAAAAAAAGGCUGAUCUUGAAGUUAAUGUCACAACAAACAGUCUAACAAAAAAAACAGCUGGAAAAUUGUCUAGUGAACAAAAUGCACAAGCUGUUCUAAAGAAGAAAGGGAAUGGGAGCAGCAAUGCUGCAGCACAGCAGAAGGCUCAGGACACGCCUACCCAUUCUCCUAAGAACCAAGGAACUAUGGGGGAGUCACCAAACUCACUGAAAUCAGGAGUGUCUCCAAAACAUAAUGAAGAAAGAAAUGUGGCACAACAUCUGGUUCAGACAACACCCCCAGAAAAACAUCCUUUGGCCAAGAAGAAGAAUAUUAAGCCAUCACAAACACCUGCAGCAAAAGCCACUGCAAAAAUCAUAACACCCAAAGCUCAAACUCUGUCAAAGCAUGGUGAGAUAACAAACAAUAAAGACCCCAAACCAAAAACAGCUGGACAAUCUGUAUUAAAAUCUCAGUCCUCUACUCCAAAACAUUCAAGGAGCGAAUCUCCUGUUGUCCAGAAGAAUAUGCACACCUCUGAGCACAGAAGUCCAGGACAGAAACUUGGAAAAAAUGCAGCUGAUGUGGCAACUGUUCAGCCUCAUGACAACAAUGAAUGCUAUUCUGCAAAGCAAAGCGAAUGUCUGAAAUCUGUGAUGGGAGGUAGCAGAGAAGAUGAGCUCUUGGCAUCUUGUCAGCCUGAUAAACAAAAAUCAUCGGAUCCUGAAGAUGGAGAAUGCAAAAUACAAUCAAAAUCUCCUUUACUUAUAGGAGAAACGGUUUCUAAAUUGCAUGUUUCAUCGCAAAAUGAAAUGGAAGCAAGAGAAAUCUGUGGAGAUCAGGCUGAAAUUACUCAGAAUAAAGACAGAAAUUUAGCUGAUAACACUGAUGAAUUUUGCUGUCAUGCACAGUCUACGAGAGACGGAUACUCAGACUUUUCCAAGGAAAGAAAUCAAAACGCUGCUACUUCAGAAGAAUGGGUAGAACAGUCAAAAGCAAAAAAAGUCUGUAUGGAACAAAGUGAUCAAUUAAGCACUGAUACGGGUCUUAACCAUGGUGAAAAUAUUUUACCAGGCUUUUCCAAAGGAAUAACUAAUAAAGAGGAUGCAACAUCACCUCCUCACAUUCACAUGGAGGGAUUUCGUCCAGCUGAUGAGUCAUGUGGCGCAUCAGCCUUGCCUGAAUACAAAUCAGUUACAGUAGAUUUAGAUGAUAUUUCAAAACAUUCCAUAGAACAAAUAAGAGACAAAUGUUCACAUAAUUACACGGAGUCUAUUGAUCCCACAGAAAUGCCAGAAAACCAUGAAAAUGCAGAAAUUCCCUUUGUGGACCACUGGAAUACUGGUGCACUAGAUCCAAAAGAGAGUCCUGAAUCAGAUACUGGCAGUGCAACCACAUCCUCUGAUGAUAUAAAACCAAGAUCAGAAGAUUAUGAUGCUGGAGGCUCUCAAGAUGAUGAAGGAUCCAAUGAGAGAGGGAUUUCUAAAUGCAGCACUAUGUUAUGCCAUGAUUUUCUUGGAAGAAGCAGCAGUGACACCAGUACACCUGAAGAAUUAAAAAUUUAUGACAGCAGCCUUAGAAUAGAAGUCAAAAUGAAAAAAGAAGGCUCUGAUCUCUUCCGUGUUAAUUCAACAAGUGAUGAUGAAAUACCAAGAAAAAAACCUGAAAUUUGGUCUCAUCAGGAAAGUGCAAGGAACAGUACGAGAGAAUCUGAAAAUUCUACUUUUGGCAAUGCACAGUUUACUCAGGAAGCAGACCAAGUUUCUUCUUCUGCUGAUGAAACAGAAGAUGACAGAUCUGAACCAGAAAAUGUUGCAGGAAACAUUCUUUCAUCAAACAUCCCUGCUCAGCAGUUCCAAGGAAUUGAUAAUUUAGCUUUUGAAGAUGCAACAGAAAAUGCUACUGCAAGUCAAGAGUUUUCUAAAACUAAAAGUUUCAAACGAUCUGUUUUACUUUCAGUAGAUGAAUGUGAAGAAUUAGGAUCUGACGAUAGAGUGGAAACCCGCACUUCACGUCAGCAUUCAAUAGAUUCUCUUACUCCUUCAGAUGUAUUUGACAGUGUUUCCCAGGAGCACCAUGGAAAGACUUUUUAUUCAAGAUACUCAUUGGAAAUUGAAGAUGGAUUCUUGGAUUGCAAACAGCCUAAGGAUCAAGAUGACAGAAUGGGUGAAAGUGAAAGUUCUCUCCAACAUCUUCACGGUACCGAAAUCCCAGGGAAGGAGGAUAAAGGUGCUUCAAUGACUGAACAAAACUGUGCAGAGGAAGUACACUCUGUAGCUAGUCCUUGUCCAGGGGAAAAUGAAAAAGUAAACACAAAGAAUGAAGUGGCUACUGAAUUUCAGCAGUGCAAUAAAUACUUAGACAAUGAUGCAAAAUCUCAAGAAAGACCAUGUCAUCUGAAUCUUCAUCAAAGAGAAACUAAUGCUGAUAUGCAAAAGAACAACUCCGCAAAACCUGUAGAAGCCAGUAAGAAUCAGAUACUGACUCAGGAAGGCCAAGUGAGAGACAGUCAACCAGCACCUACUGAAUACGCUAAUACUGAUUUACUUCCAGGAGACAUAGAUGAUUAUGACACAAUGGCACAAACCUGCAUGUAUGAACAUCGGCCUUCAAAAACCCUUUCUCCAAUAUAUGAGAUGGACGUUGGAGAAGCAAUUGAGCAGAGGAUGGAUUCAGAAACAGCAGUUCUUGAUGUGGAUUUUGAAGAUCAGCAGUUUGUAGAGCAGGACUGGACUCUUCUCAGGCAACUGUUAUCUGAACAGGACUCAAACAUAGGUUUCAAAAACUCGGUUCCUGAAGACCUUAAUUUAGCACAAUGUCUAAUCAAUCAGACGCUGUUUCUGGCACGAGAUGGUUCGAAUCCUCAGGGUACAUCACAAGUUGACACAUUCAGUAGAUGGACUGAACUUAUGUCUCCACUUGAUGAUUCUUCAGCAAGCAUUACAGUGGCAAGCUUUUCAUCUGAAGACUGUUCUUCCCCUCAGGGGGAAUGGACAAUUCUUGAACUGGAAACUCAUCAUUAAGGUGAUCAAAUGUUUGCAACUAACUCCAACCCGUUCCCCAAAUCUAUUUUUGAUGUGUUGUUUCCAUACAGUGAAAUACUGCAUCAGUCAAGAACAAGCAAUUCUUGGUACUGAGGCAAUCUUUCUGAUAUGAGGUAAAUAUGUUAAUUUAUAAUCUAGAUUUAAUUGCAAGUACAGAAAUUUUUCAAGUCUUAACCAUAUGUCUUUUCUAAAAUGACCUUUGAGCAUGUAUUUUCUAGAAUUGUUAGAAAAAUUAGAUGUGAAAGAAAGAUCUUGGUCUCUUCUCUACUUUUAUCUUCUUUUUGGCCACUUAAUAUGCUCACUGAGCAAGAACUUAAAGAUAACUGCACCUUUAGUAGGGUUACUCCCUCCUUUUUUCCCCUCCCUCUCUAUAUGGUGACUUCAUUUUACAAUAAUAAAGAUUCAGACUGGUUGUAUCAAAAGGUCAUGUGUGCCAACACUGCUUUUAAUACUAGAAACAUUUUUGUUCACAGAAGAGGUUUCAAUAGGAAUCCUGUUUGGGCUUGUGAAUAAGAACAGAUUGUUUCAUCUGUUGCUGCCAGACUUCAUAUUUUACUACUUAUUGUUUGCUUUGUUUACAAGUUUCUAAUCUUUUUUAAUGUUAUUUCCUUUGAAUACUUCUAUAUAAAGGGUCUGUGCUAGAGAAAGGGCAUCAUUUCUUCCUUGAAAAUGUACUUAAGUAAGUUUUUUUUAUUGGCAUAGUACAUUAAUUGAGAGGAGUUGGGAGAAUACUGCUCCUGUUUGAAAAACAGCAUGUCUGAUACUUGUAAAAGUAUACAUUUCAAGACCUGGUAGAAAUUAUCUGGUCUGGUGACUCUUGUCUUUCACAUAGUUGAAAGCCUGAAGUAUUCUGCCUCCUCUUAGUCACCAAGAGGAAAAGUGCCUUCAUGAGCCAUGUGGCAGUAAAAGGCUUCUAAUGGUUUGGGUUUUUUUUUUUUAGACUGUUUAAGAUAGACAUACAACCUGUGCUGACUAUAGCCACUGGUAAUAAGGUCAGUUUUGCAGGCUUUUGUGUAACUCUGACAAUGCACCUUAAUUUUGUUUAGGAACUUCAUUUAUUUUUGUUCAUGAUCAGAAACUCUCAGCUGUGCCAAAAUAUGACUGAAGACAUACCUUGUCUUAUCUUUGGAUUUGACAUAAUAAAGAGCUCUGAGGCAAAACAUCUACUCAAGAAUGCUACUUUGUUGCAUUUCUGAUACAGAAGUAAAAAUGAUGUUUUUCACAAAUUAAUUGGAAGAGGAAAAUUAGGUCAUUCUUUAACAUCAAGAAAGCAGGGAGAAAAAAAUUAGUUUUCCUUUCUGUUUGACAAUGAACUUAAAAACCCAUGGAAGAAAGAUAUUUAAUAUAAUUAUAAACCUUUCCCCUAUACUUAUUUAACUACUUACUGAAUUGAAAAACAACUGACAACCAGCACACAAAGCUUCACAUGUGUUGCACUGGAAUACAAUCAUAUUA